AUGUCUCUCGCAGUUAGACAGAGCACCGCAGCGGCUUUGCUCUCCGCGAGCCCCUGCCACUCGCAGAACGACUGCGUCGAGCGAGCUUCCGUGAAUCUCUCCGCAUCUGCCGCGCCAUGGCAGAGGCACAACGGGCUGCGAAUGGUAUCGACGGCUGGAGGCGAACGGGGAGUUGCUUAUACGCAAUCGAAUCAACGGACGCGAUCGCAUAAGCGCGCGCAGGCGCUGGCAGCGGUGUCGACGGCGUCGGAGCAGGCGGCCGGGGGGGGGACGGCGCUGCGGCCGCUGCGAGUGAUGAUCUCGGGCGCGCCCGCGUCGGGCAAGGGCACGCAGUGCGAACUCAUCGUGCAGAAGUACGGGCUGACGCACAUCAGUGCGGGCGAUCUGCUGCGCGCGGAGGUGGCGGCGGGCACGGAGGGCGGGCGGCAGGCCAAGGCGCACAUGGACGCGGGGCGCCUCGUGCCCGAUGACGUUGUCGUCACGAUAGUGAGGAACCGGCUGGCGCAGGAGGAUGCGGCGAGCAGGGGGUGGCUGCUGGACGGCUAUCCGCGCAGCCUGUCCCAAGCGCAGGCGCUGCUGGCGCUCGACAUCUCGCCGGACGUCUUCAUCCUCCUCGACGUGCCCCUUGAGAUCCUGGUGGAGCGCGUGGUGGGGCGGCGCCUGGACCCCGCCACCAACCGCAUCUACCACCUCUCCUUCUCACCGCCCGAAACAGAGGAAAUCGCUGCCCGCCUCACCCAGCGCAGUGACGACACCGAGGAGAAGGUGAAGGCGCGGCUGGAGACGCACAAUGCCAACGUGGCCAGCGUGCUCGACAUCUACGCCGGCAAGCUCGUGCAGGUGAACGGGCACCGCUCCAAGGAUGAGGUGUUUGGUGACAUUGAUGACAUUCUCACUAGUCUGCAACAUGGCCAGCUCUCUUUUGACUAG